AUGAGCGACGACAAGGAAAUGUCCAAAGCUGGGGAGCAUCAUGAGCAAGUCGGUAUCUCGCAAGAGCUGUCCGAUGCUCUGAGCAACUACACCCCAGGCAGCCCUGAGGAGAAGAAGCUCGUCAGAAAGAUCGACCUCUUCCUGAUGCCCAUCUUAUGGAUUAUGUACAUCCUGAACUACGUCGAUCGUACCAACAUUGGUAACGCAAAAAUCGCCGGUAUGGGAGACGACCUUAAGCUCACAGAUGAGAUGUACGCCUGGGUUCUCUCCAUCUUCUUCUUCGGCUACCUCAUCUGCGAAGUCCCCUCCAACAUGAUCCUCUCCCGCAGCCGACCCUCGCUCUUCCUCCCCGGCAUCAUGAUCGUCUGGGGCUGCCUCUCCGCCGUUAUGUCCGUCAGCAAGAACUAUAGCACCAUCCUCGCCUUUCGCUUCCUCCUCGGCUGCAUCGAGUCCGGCUUCUUUCCGGGAGUUUUAUACCUACUUAGUUCGUGGUAUACGCGUGCUGAGCUGGGCAAGCGUUUUGCCAUAUUUUAUGCUGCUGCGGUUCUCUCGGGUGCUUUUGGGGGUCUGCUUGCUGGUGGUAUCACAUCUGGUAUGCAUGAUGCUCAUGGUAUCACCGGAUGGCGCUGGCUCUUUAUUAUUGAAGGGGUGGCCACUGUUGGUGUUGGUAUAAUCGCUUGUUUUGUGUUGCUGGACUAUCCUCAUAACUCGAAGCGACUCAGCGAGCAGGAGCGUCAACUAGCUCAGAUUCGCAUCGUUGCUGAUGGCCUCGCCUCGACGAGCAGUCUUAGCGGUCGACUCACUCACUGGCAAGCCUUCGUUGCUGCUAUUUCCGAUCCCCGAACCUACAUCUUCAUCGUCCUCUUCAUGCUCGACGUCGGCGCGGGAACAAUCUCCUACUUCAUCCCGACAAUCACAAAGACUCUUGGUUACGACUCCGUUGAAGCUCAGUACAUGACGGUGCCCAUCUACGCUGUUGCUACUGUAGUGCUCAUCUUUGUCGCCUGGUCCUCCGAUCGCCAUAUCGAACGCCGCUGGCAUAUUACAUCGGCACUCGCCCUCGGUUGCGUUGGCAGCGUCGUUUGCGCCGCCGUUCAGAAUCCCAUCGUGCGAUACGUGAUGAUCUGCUUGGUAGCCUCUGGAAUCUGGUCCGCACUCCCUUUGAUUCUCUCAUGGGCCAGCGCAACUGUGAGCCUUCCUCCAGAGAAGCGCGCCAUCGUCCUUGCGCUCGUCAAUGCCUUCGGAAAUUUCUCCAGCGUCUAUGGAAGUCGAAUCUGGCCUACGAAGGAUUCACCAGAGUAUCACAUCGGAUUUGGUGUCACGGCUGCUUUUCUCGGAGCGGGUGCGAUUCUUGCCUCUGUUUUGCCUCUGCUGUGCAAGAUUACUGCUCACAAGGGCACAGCUGCUGAAAGGGCUGUUCUCGCUGGUCUUCAGACUGAGGAGCGAAAUGGAACUGGUAGUGAGGCGGCAUCGGCCAAGUGA